GUAACUAGCCAAGAGCCUCUGUAUAGACCAACUCUUGAGUCUGUGCUGGGAUUUGUUUAGGCUGUUUGUUGCCUUAGAUGCAUCAUUACUAGAUGCCAGACCCAUUGUCAUCUGAGCCAAGCAGCAACCAAAAUGGCAAAGUACAAGCUUGUUCUCCUAAGACAUGGAGAAGGAGCCUGGAACAAGGAGAAUCGCUUCUGCAGCUGGGUGGACCAGAAGUUGAGUAGUGAUGGGAUAAAAGAAGCCAAGAACUGUGGCAAACACCUUAAAGCAUUGGGUUUUGAGUUUGACCUUGUCUUUACCUCUGUCCUGAGCCGUUCCAUCCAGACUGCAUGGCUGAUCCUGGAAGAGAUGGGCCAAGAGUGGGUCCCCAUUCAGAGUUCCUGGCGACUGAAUGAACGUCACUACGGUGCGUUGAUUGGUCUCAACAGAGCAGAAAUGGCUCUGAAUCAUGGAGAAGAGCAAGUGAAAAUAUGGAGGAGAAGCUAUGAUGUUACCCCGCCUCCCAUAACUGAAUCUCAUCCAUACUAUGAAGAGAUUUGCAAUGAUCGCAGGUAUAAAUGCAGUGAUGUCUCUCAGGAUAACCUCCCAAAGGCCGAAAGCUUAAAAGAUGUGCUUGAUAGACUUCUUCCCUACUGGAAUGAAAAGAUAGUGCCUGAACUGAAAAGUGGCAAAAUGAUCCUCAUAUCUGCUCAUGGCAACAGCAGCAGGGCACUACUCAAGCACGUGGAAGGCAUCUCCGAUGAGGAUAUCAUCAAUGUUACUCUCCCCACUGGCGUGCCCGUACUUCUUGAAUUCGAUGAGAAUCUACAGCCCCUGGGCCCUCAUCGGUUUCUGGGCGAUCAAGAGGCUAUCCAAGCUGCCAUCAAAAAAGUGGAAGAUCAAGGGAAAGUUAAAUCUGCUGAGAAGUAAAAUCCCACUGACUGACACAGUCCUCCUCUCUAAAGUGUGUGGUAGUAAGUGAUGCUUUGUGUGCGAGUGUUAGGCUGCGCUGUGCAGAAGUCUCAAUUUCAAGCACUAAAUAAGUGGAAGGAACCGUUGGACAGUUGUCGAGUCUUGGUUGGUAGAUAAACCUUCUCCCUUUCAGAAACUAGAAUUCAAAUCUCAGUGUGAGAUGUGAAUAUUGCAGAGGUGGGUGGGGGUAAAAAGAGAGCAGUUCAGUCAGGGAAGCUUGCAGGGCAAUCUGUCUGAACUCUAGGCUUGAGAGAGGCCAGAAAGGAGUAAUGGGAUGUAUGAGAGGCCUCUUCCAAUAAUCAGUCCUGACUUGUUAAGGGGAAAAACUUGCACUGCACAACACCAGUUCACUGGACUACAUAAGUCCUAGUGUUAAAGGCACUAAACUUUUUUCACUAACAACGUGACAUCAGAAAGGGCUUACUCCAAUGAUUCCUGGAUGCCAUUGGCCAUGACAGUUUGUGUUACUGACAGUGUUUUCUGCUUUUCAGAAUACUUUCAGCUGUAAAACUUUCCCUCUCCACUUUAUUUUGAAUCUUUCAAGCCCUGCUCAUAGUUCACCUGAGAACUUGGAAGAGAUAUUCAGACCAUUGUAGUUACCUUAGAUGUCUUUUAAUAUGCUGUGCUCCUAUUCUGGUUUUCUAGAAGGUACCCCUCUUUCUUCGCCAUCUCUGUGAAACACAGCACGACUGCAUUUUGCUGGCCUGUGAUAAUGGGAUUUCACUCAGACUUCAGUCCGCAGACUGAGAACAAAGAGGCUUCCUGCUCAAUGUGUAAACUAUCACUUAGCCUUUAAUGACUGACCUAAAUAGCUUUCAGAUGGUAAAAUAGCAUGUGCUGCAGGCUUGAUCAUCUCUUAAUAAAGCUGUUGAAAG